AGCUUCCCUCCUAGAUUAAAACACGUCAUCAUAAUCAAGAGUAAGGAAUACAAUGGAACAGCCCACACUGAAUAACUUCUGAAUCUCCAUGAAAAUUGAAGCAGAUAUUGAAUGUUAAGUAAAGUUAAGAAAGAAAGAAACCAACCAUUCAUUAGCAUCCCAACCUACACGCCACUCAAAGUCAUAGAAAGGAAAGGAAUAACUACCCUCUUCUCUUCUUUCAUUUUCCUCAUUCUUUCUAAUCACAAAAACAAAAGUUUGUUAUAAGAAGCAUGGGAGGGAGAAUUGGACUGUUGUUUCUUGUGGUAGUAGGUGUUGUUUUGGCUUGUGAUGCAAGAGGACUGGCAAACCCUUAUAGAUGGAGCAUUAUUGCUGCAAACUCUGCCUCUUCUGAACUAGGCAGAAUACCAGAUGUGUGUGCACUUUGUGAGGAAUAUACUUCCAAGGCACUUGAUUAUCUAAAUGAAAACAAGACGCAGAAUGAGAUCAUUGAUAUUCUUCAUAAUACUUGUCACCAGCUUCACACUUUCGAGAAGAAGUGCAUCAAUUUGGUGGACUAUUAUGUGCCUCUUUUUUUCUUAGAAGCAACCUCAGUUCAGCCCGGAGAUUUCUGCAAUAAGGUCAACCUUUGUCAGACCAUUGCUGAUCUUUCCUUACAAGUUCAAGAAAAUAGCUGUGAGUUUUGUGAAGAUACUGUUUCAGCACUUUUGGCUAAGAUAAAAGAUCCUGACACAGAGCUUGAGAUAAUUGAGACACUACUGAAGGUGUGCAAUUCAGUGGACAAGUUUGCUAGCAAGUGCAAGAGGGUGGUUUUAGAGUAUGGUCCUUUGGUUUUUGAAAAUGCAGAGAAAUUCCUAGAGAAGACGGAUAUAUGCACUGCAUUACAUGCUUGCAAGGAAUCAACAGUACAUUCCAAAUCCUUACUUUCUGAACUCUUAAGUCUUUAUCAUGGACACACUUCAAGUAGAAUGUUACACUUGCUGAAGAUUGCUCUAUAUUGAGUGAAAAAUAGAGUGAUUCAUAUUUGACACACUACUAAUGUAAUGUAUUUUAUACUUUUAUCUUUGAUGUAUUGGCACAUCAUAAAAAAUGUUGAUUCCUAUAAGAAGUGCUUGUAAUAGUUAACUUUGUUUUAAUACAUUAUUCAAGUUUUACCCAAUUGCAAUUA